AUGAAUCCUCAUGACAUUAUAGAUUCCAAUAUUUCAUUCGAUAUAAAGAAAGUAAGAAAAGACUUUAUAAAAAGUAUUAUAAAAGAUGAAGAAUAUAAAAAGAAAGAUGAUAAAAAAAAAGAAAUUGUAAAAACUUGUAAGAGUUAUAAAGAUUUCUGUGAUAUUGUAAAUGCUGUAAAUAUGAAACCUAUAAAAAAAUAUGAACCAAAAAUAACGUAUGAAGAUUAUAUUCAUAUGCACUUUUCUUCAUCUACUUAUGAAUUAGAUACAUACCAAAAAGACAAUAAAAAAAUUAAAAACAUUCUUAUGAUGAAUAAUUAUAAUGUUCAUCGUAAACAGGAUAUUUCAUCUUUAAAUGAUAUAUCUCACAAAAAAGCUUUCAAUGAAAUAAAAGACUUCACACAUGUUCUUAAAACAUAUAAAGACAAUUAUUACGAAUACAUAAGAAAAAAUUACAACUCCGAUGAUAUAAUAGUUAUAAUAUCUUUAAUAAAAAAUCAUUGGGAUGUGUUCAUAGGAAAAAAAGAAAAUUUGUUGGAAGAAAAUUUACAUGAUCCAGAUUUUAUAAUUAAUUUAAUUAACUUUCUUUUUUAUAUAUUUAAUUAUUGGACCAAGAGAGACUUCUCUCUUUAUUUUACUCAUGAUGAAUUACAUGACAUUAAUUCAACACUUCAUUUUAUAAAGGGGAAUAUAGAAAAAGAAACAUGGAAUAAUGACAAAACAUUAAAUAUGCGUUGGAAUUAUAUAAAAGAAACGACUUUAUAA